AUGGAACACAAAUCUUAAUUUAUAAUUCAGGAUGACAAAUAUAGAUUAAGGAUUAGCAAGUACACGAUCAUAUUAAUGAGAUUAUAUCAGCUACAAUAUAACCCAUUUUUAAGUUUUUGUUGUUUUUCCUUAAUUUCUUAAAUAUAUUGAUUAGAUUUAUAAAUAGGGAAAUUAAAAAUGCUAUUUUUUUAUUGAGAAAAUUAAUGGUUUUAAAUGCAAAUACUAUUAACAAGAUUUAAUCCCCUCAUUAUUCAAGAAACACUUGUAAAAUUAAUUGAUGAGUUUGAACAAUAUUAUUUAAAUGUUAGUCCUUUAAUUUAUAAAAUAAAAAAGUAAAUUCAAUAAUGAUUUAGAAUAAUUUACAAAUUGA